AUGUGCAGAGAAGAACCUAAGAAGAAAAACCCAAUGGUCCCUGCCAAGUUUGCAGAAUUUUCCAAGAAGUGCUCUGAGAGGUGGAAGACAAUGUCUGGGAAAGAGAAGUCUAAAUUUGAUGAAAUGGCAAAGGUGGAUAAAUUACACUAUGAUCGGGAAAUGAAGGAUUACGUACCAGCUAAAGGAGGCAAGAAGAAGGAUCCUAAUGCCCACAAAAGGCCACCAUCUGGAUUCCUCCUGUUUGGUUCAGAAUUCUGCCCCAAGGUCAAAUUCACAAAGCCUAGCAUCUCUAUUGGAGAUGUGUCAAAAAAGUUGGAUGAGAUGUGGAAGAACUUAAAUGACAGUGUAAAGCAGCUUUACCUCACUGUAUUAGUCCACAAGGCAGCAAAGCUGAAGGAGAAGUGUGAGAAGGAUGUUGCUGACUAUAAGUCUAGAAAGUUUGAUGGUGCAAAGGAUCCUGCUAAAGUUGCCUGAAAAAAAGGUGGAAGAGGAAGAUGAAGAAGACGAGGAGGAAGUA